AAUUGAAGAUACUAGCAACAUGUUUACUAAGAUUUUCGCAAUCACUGUCUGCCUCUUCGGCGUGGCUCGUGCAGGAGCCCUUUUGGAAGGUAGUGGGUACUCCGGCUACGGUGGCUAUUCUGGCUACGGUGGGAACUCCGGCUAUGGCGGGAGCUCCGGCUACGGAGGGGGAUACGGUGGUUACGCCAGUGGCUACGGUGGCUACGCUAACUACGGUGGACAUGGCUACAGUGGUCUCGGCCCAGCAACAUCUUACACAUCCGUGACCAAAGUGGUCCCAGAUACAGGAGCUGGUUACCUCGGAUCUCACGGUGGAUACUCCGGAUCUCUUGGUGGAUAUUCCGGAUCUCUUGGCGGAUAUUCCGGAUCUCUUGGUGGAUAUAGCGGAGGUUAUGGCUCCCACGGAUACAACAGCCUUGGUUAUGGGUCAGGUUACAAUGGAGGAUAUGGUUCUUAUGGACACAGCGGACUUGGUAAUGCUGUGUCGACCGUCUCCGUCUACAAAGAACAUACUCCUAGCUACUCCAGCGGUGGGUACGGAGGAUAUGGUAGUUACGGACAUGGCAGUUACGGUAAUGCCGGCUAUGGCAACAAGCUGGGCUGGUAAAUCCUAAUCAUGGUAAAGAAAAAAGUGAUGUGUCUGAA